GAAUAUUUCUGAGGGAAUGAACCUAAAAAUCAAUGAAUAAAUUCCAAAAUAAUUAUCUCUAAGUGAUAAGUAACGGAAUAUUCCACUUUGAAUACAAAAUAGUUUAGCAAAAUGAUUUUUUACAUCACUAUUUUCGUUGAACAACUAUUCUGAGUGCGAAAAAUGUUGUGAAAAUUGUCCGUCGAAAAUGAUUUUGCGGGGCGCUUCCAGCGUUAUUUACUGUAUUUACAACCGUUGAUUAAAACCUCAAAAAAGUUUCGGAACAAUGUGAUUACAAUGAGUGUUUCCUUUUGACGUUGACUUUUGUCUGUAAACCGUAAACUCUGCACAAUAUCACGUAUUGCACAUUAGCAAGUGAAAUUCGAUUAUAGUGUUUAUAUACAUUGUUUUUUAAUUCAAUAAAUAAUCCUAAUCGAGCAAGAAGGAAGAAAAACUGUGUCGUAUUGCGUGUUUUGGAAACAUACAUUUAUAAAAAGUACGCUCCAAAGAAAGUCAAGUCCGGUGACACAUGUCAAGUAGAUCUUUUGCUGAUUUGGCAUAUGGUUUUUACACAAAUUAUUGGUGCAAUGCGAAAAUGAUUUCCAACAAAGAACCAAAAACAAAUAGCGUACAGAGUGUACAAGUCAAUUUUAAUCACAUUGGCCAAGGGGACAGCUUGUAUCAUGCUGUUUUUGUUCCACCGGAAAAUGAUAACAAUGACAGUCCAGAUGGAACUAGAGAAACCCGUGUUUAUCGGGAUAAACUGGAGGCUUUAAAAGUCAUGAAAAAUUAUAAGGAAGCACGACUAAAAACGUUCAGUUCUGAAAAUGAAGCCCGAGAAUAUACGUUAAAUGGAGGUGAAAAGGAUAAACUUCCAGCAGUUCCGAUAGUAAAUGGCGCAAAGACAAGUGCGUUUAAAGGUCCAAAGCCACAGGAACUUGUGGCCUUUAGGAAAUUGAUUGAAAGCGGUGAUUUAGAGGCGGUGAAAACCAUUGUGUGGGAAAAUCCGCGAUAUCUUGUGAGCAGCGGUGAUACACCAGCGAUUCUCCAGGAAGGCUGUCGUUUCAACGCUUUGCACAUUGUGGCAGGCCCUAGACAGGGUCAUACAAACACUUAUAAAAUGUGUGAGUUUAUCCUUAAUACCGUGGGAAAUCCCGAAUUCGUGAAGUUGCUUUAUGGUGAAGAAGAUCACGAGACUUACGUCGAUAGAGCUCAAAUUCUUUUGGAUUUGUAUUUAAAUACACCUGACAAAGGGCUCAACGAAACUCCUUUACACUUUGCUGCCAAAUAUGGUCUAAAGGACAUUGUCAGAGUUCUUGUGUCGUAUUCUCAAUGUCUGAAAAAUGUACGCAAUAAGUAUGGACAGACACCCGCUGACGUAAUAUGUAGUAGAAAAUGUCAUGACGAUGAAGUCCUCAAAAAAGAAAUACAUAUGUUGCUUGAAGACCAAUAUUACGUGCCAGUACUUAGAUCAGAGGACAAUACUUUGCAGCCGAUUAUUGGGGAUCCAUUUUCGCCCACAAGUCCUCAGCAUUCCUCGAAAAUUGAUCCAAUAAGUCCAAGAGUUGAGGUUCGAGCAUUCGCAGGUCCAAUGACGAAACCUCAAGCUGUUGAGUUCAAAAAGAAAUGGAAAACGCCACCGCGAAUCAGUCUAAAUUUCAGCCAACGUCGAGAUAUUGCGCUCAAUGAGUCUUUCAAUAGCAGCUUCAGCAAUAUUCAUGAUCCUAGCACACGGCUGAACGAUACUGAAAAAGGUCUCGAGUGCAUAGGCAGAAAUUUGGCGGAAGAGUAUCAGGUUCCGUGGAAGGAAUAUUGGCCGUUUCUGGACGAUUUUGCGGAUUUCCGGUGUGACGAAGGUCUUACCCGAUUGGAAAAAUAUUUGGAAAAUCGUUUCAACGAUGCUUGCAAAAAAGAAGCUUCAUCUCUAAAAUCGAAAGCGCUAGUGAAUGAAGUGAGGGAAAACGAAGAUGUUGAUGAACUCAAUAAUCUCUGUACCAAAUUGGAAGGUUGCAGUCUUUUAGCAAAUGAAAAUAGUUCAGAAGAUGAUUCAGAUGAUGAAUUUUUUACUCCACCUUCAUCGCCGAUAAUGUUGUCGACAAACUCUUCUGACGAUUCCGAUUGCGAGGAUGAAAUGUCACUCGCGCCUGAAGUGAAAGCCAUUUUUAUUCAAGGAUUUGAAGCAUCGAAAAUUGAUUUCGCCGUUUACAAUGCAAUUCGAAAUGACAUAAAUCCGGAAGUUUAUCCACACAUAUAUCGUUGGCGACACGAGAUGCAGCUCAUUGUGGACAACUUCGAUUGCAACAUCACUUUAUCAUCAACGAGAAGGCGGCUACUCCAAACUCCAGAGAAACCAAAGAAAUGAGAAUUUCGAGGGGUUCAAUAAUUCCGUGAGUCUUCUAAGAGAACCUUGACCUACACUGUGAAAAGUCCUUGAAGAAACAAGAAAGCGGAAAAGGACGCUUUGUGAUCCGAGCACAUUCUCAACUUCCAUUACGUAACUUAAGUGAUUUUUCCCCCUUUUUCAUCUAUCUCUUUUCUCGUGAAGUCGUUUAAGCGUUGUUUACGUGAUAAGACGCGUGACACUACGUAACUUAUAAUAUAUGUAUUAUAAAGUACAUUUAUAAAGAGAUGAUAUAUAUUUUCAUAAAAUUUCAUACCGUGCAUCACUGUACAUGAAUCAAAAGAAAAAACUAACGAAUGUUUUUGAAGAACGAGAGCUGUGGCGUACUCAAUGACGCAUGUUAUUUAAGAUUGCCAAAUGAAAAUAUUAAAAAUAAAAUCGAAGAAAACGCUA